AUGGAGCAGACAAAAGCUCUGAAUGCGUUGGAGCCUUUCCUGGCCCUCAGCAAGUCAGCGAGCUCCCCUCGUGCUGCCGCAGAUCUUGUCACCCGUGCGACCUCCAAUCCGAAUACAUUUCUCUUCACAGAGCUGCUUCAGACGCCACAGAUCCAGAGCCUCGCCCAGUCUGCCGAACACGCCGCAUACCUCACAUUACUCCGCAUCUUCUCCUAUGGCACCUACGCCGACUACCAGAGGCAGCAGCAGCACUCUCCCUCCUCACCCUGGCCCGCGACCGCACCAAUCUCGCCUACCCCCGUCUCCAAUCCGCUUUGUCUCUGCCCCGACACCCGCGCCCUCGAGGCCCUCGUGACCUCGGCCAUCUACGCCGGCCUCAUCCAGGCCACCCUCGAUCCCGCCCGCCAGCACGCCCACGUCACCGCCCUGGACCCUCUGCGCGACCUCGCGCCCGACUCCAUCCCUGCCCUCUCGGACGCCCUGCUCCCCUGGUCCGAUCGCUGCGCCGCCACCCUCCACGACAUUGACGCCGAGACCGCCGCCAUCCGCGCCGAGGCCGCCCGCAGACAGCGCCACGCUAGCGCUCGCGAGGAGCGGCUCGCCGAGCUCGUCGCCGAGACGAAGCACUCGGCCGGCGGGGCCAGUGGCGGCUUCCUGAGCGGCGCUACUGACGCUGCGCGCCGCGCCGGCCACAGCAUGCGGGAGCGCGCCAGGGUGCUCAGCAAGCGUGGGAGCAAUCUGAUGGAGACGGCCGAUCAGGAGGACGAGGAGGCCAUGGACCUCGACCUCGAGGAGGAGGAGCAGAAGCGGGCCAGUCGUCGCAAGCUGUAG